AUGAAAAAAGGAAAAGAAGUAGGCGUAAAAGAUAUAGAUAAAGUUUAUUUAAGAGUUGCUAACGCAACUGGUGUGUCCCAACGCACAGUACAGCGGAUCGCAACUGAAGGCAAUAUUUCGGGCUUACUUUCGGUAUUCCGCACGCCUGGUAAAAAAAGGUCAAGAUCAAAACCUAUUACUGAUAUAGAUCAUUUUAACCAAGGAGUAAUAAAAAGAUGCAUACACAACUUCCACAAAACGGAAAAAGAAAUGCCGACCAUAAACAAAUUACUAGCGAAACUCAAACGGGAUAUAAAUUUUCGAGGUGCUAAAACGAGCUUAAAGACAAUCGUCAAAAAUUUGGGUUUCAAGUGGCGAAAGACCGAAACCAAUAGAAUGGUUCCUAUAGAGAAGACCGAAAUUCGCCUGAAAAGGAUCUUGUACUUGAAGGCAAUGAAAAAAUACAGGGAUGAAGGGCGACCAAUUGUAUUCCCUGACGAGUCGUAUGCCCUCUCUCUCUCACUCAUCACAUACAAAAGAAAAGUGAAAGAGGUUGAGGUUGAAUAUAGAAAGAGCGACCAUAUUAUUGACGAAAUGACGGAACAAUUAUUAAUUAUUAAUACGGCUUCAGAUUCGGAAAGUGAGUUUGAAAGUGAGAACGACGAUUACGAUAAUGAACCUAUGCCAAGUACCUCACAUGGUACCCAAGGGGCCGACGACUUUAUGUCAGGGAUUUCUCCCCUCAGUGACAGUGAUUAA